GAUGUUCAUGAGGAAAACAACACGAAUAUUCUUCGUCAUCUUCCUUAUGAGCCUACUCACAGCUACCAUCAAACGUAACCCGUUCAAGUCACUAUCGAAGUCUGUCUUCAAACCCGUACCAACACGCGCCAUGCAUAUCCAAUCGAUUCCCAUGUGGGAAGGAACGGGCAAUAAUUAUGCCUACCUUGUCACCGAUGACAAGUCAAAAGACGCUGUCAUUAUUGAUCCAGCAAACCCACCAGAAGUUCUGCCAGUAUUGAGGGAAAAGACGGAUAGUGGAGCUAUUAAACUUUCCAAGAUCAUCAAUACUCAUCACCACCACGACCAUGCUGGAGGAAACGUCGAAAUCCUUAAACAUUUCAAACUACCCAUUAUUGGUGGCAAAGACUGCGACAAAGUAACAGAAACACCACCCCAUAAAUCUACUUUCACGAUCGGCGAGAACAUCAAGGUCACCGCACUCCACACUCCCUGCCACACUCAAGACAGUAUCUGCUACUUCUUUGAGGAUGGCAAUGACCGUGUCGUCUUCACUGGUGACACUCUCUUCAUCGGUGGCUGUGGACGCUUUUUUGAGGGCAAUGCAGCGGAGAUGAACAAGGCCCUCAAUGAAGUCCUUGCUGCUCUACCCAACGAUACCAAAGUCUAUCCCGGCCAUGAGUACACGAAAGGCAAUGUCAGAUUUGCAAAGAAGGUAUUGAACAAUGAUGCCAUUAAAAGAUUGGAUGAGUACUCUCAGGCAAACAAGGAGACCCAGGGCAAAUUCACAAUCGGUGAUGAGAAGGAACACAAUGUCUUCAUGCGUGUCAAUGAUCCUGACAUCCAUGCAUUAGUCGGAAAAGAUCAACCCGUGGAGGUCAUGAAGACUCUCCGAGAAAUGAAGGAUAGGUCGUGAAAGACUCGUGAACCCAAAAGCAUAAAAUGCAUAGCUACAUAGUCCCAUAAUCAAUGGAAAAUGGCAUUCUGACUACAA